GCCGACAAGCACACCUCUAACGUCGCAGCACCGUAGGCGCCCAUAUCAUCAUUUUUUGUCAGAGCGCCUAGUCGUUGAGCUGUCACAUCCCAGUCCGAAUACCAAGCGUUUGGUGAAAGCCCAAGAAGGAAGGAGGAUUACUCAAGACACGUCGAAGGAAAACAACAAAAAAAGCCAAAAUGUCUGAUCGCAAGGCCGUGAUUAAGAAUGCUGACAUGAGCGAGGAGAUGCAGCAGGAUGCUGUCGACUGUGCGACACAGGCUCUGGAGAAGUACAACAUUGAGAAGGACAUUGCCGCCUACAUCAAGAAGGAGUUCGACAAAAAAUACAACCCGACAUGGCAUUGCAUCGUGGGACGCAACUUUGGAUCGUAUGUGACACACGAGACGCGCCACUUCAUCUACUUCUAUUUGGGUCAGGUGGCCAUUUUAUUGUUUAAGAGCGGUUAAAGUAUUGUCGAGUCGGAUGAAGUGGUGGUGAGGAGGCUGGCAGCGGUGCAGCGGCUGCAGCAUGAGCAACUGCAACAGGAGCAAUGGCGGCAGCAGCAGCAGCAGCAGUAUCAGCGAGAACAUCAACAACAACAUUAUCAAGAACAUAAACAGACACAACAACAAUUAAAACACUCUCAAUCUGAUUCCCAAUCCCAUGAAGAAAAUUU